AUAAUACGAACAUUUAAUUACUUUAUACUUAACAAAAUGGUUGUUAUAAUUCUGCGUUCCAUACGUUACGCAAGUACCAAAAGACAUGAAUUAUUGUGAAAUACACGUAAAAACAACCAAAUCAGACUGAUUUAAUGACAAGCUAGAACCUAUCCAUGAGGAAUUACUUCCGAGUAUGUUGUGUAUCUGCAGCUUAUUCCUCUGAAAGUUCCACUUUCCUGAUUCGUCUGAGAGUGUGGUGAAUAAUACUCUGCUCUGUUGGGUAGAUAUACAACCUCUUUUUGCAAAAGUUUGUCUUGAAAAUGGCGGGGUGUUCUCCCGCCGAAAUAUCGGAGGUCGCUGAAAAUAUUACCGGGCUGAAUUCCCAAAUGGCAUCGACUCCACAGGCUGUGAUUUGUGACGACUUACUGCUUUCCAUAUUUUCCUUCCUGCCGAUCCCAGACUUGGCUCGGUGUGCUGCCGUGUGCCAGCAGUGGCACAAAAUUGUGACAGGAUUUACACACCUGUGGAAGGGGAAGAGGUACGUCAGUGACAGAAGUCCGAGGGAAUCUGAUGAGACACGUGCAAUCUUGAGCACUCUGCCGCCGUUGCAGGAAGUCAUCGUCAAGCAGCACGUCAAUUUCGAGGUGGACAUUUCCUACCCCCGUAUGGUUCUGUCGGUGACCAGCAUUUCCGACUUGGGAGCCACGCGGGGCUACCAGAGACUGACGUGCGCGUACCUGUCGACUAAACUCGACAUCGCGGACAGCACCCUCUCCCCCCGUUCGCCUGUCGACCUGGCGGCGCUCCGCAAGCUGCGGAUCGUCAGGGCGAUCCCGACACUCGAGCCCGACGCCAGGGCGGAGUACGCGGUCAGUUCCGCUCUGCACCUGUGCCCGAAUCUCAGAGAGCUGAGCGUGUACGUAGACUCCAUGUCGGCGGACUGCCUGGAAGGUUCGGAAGGGGUCGGCCGGUUGCGGACGCUCGAAAUACGGUGCCCCCGCCUGAAAGAACUUUCGUUCCUACGACACUGCUCGGCCGCACUGGAGGAACUGGAACUGAAAGGUUGCUCCGACCUGCCGUCCGCCGCGUACGCGGAGCUCCGGCACCUCGGGAACCUGCAGAGGCUGCGGCUGCGGGACUGCUGCGUGCUGGGAGACGACCUGGAGGCGGCCGUGACGGGUCUGAGGUCCCUCGCGUCCCUGCAGCUGGUCGACUGCGUAUUCGUCUCCGACCUGUCCUUCCUGCGUCAUUGUGACCGGCUGCGGGAGCUCCGCGUCGAAGCUGAGGACGCGCCGGUCGCAGGCCUGCGACACCUGCCCGCCGGCGUCCGCUCGCUCUGCCUGGUCGGCGACACCGUGACCGCGGAGGACCUGUCCGAGCUGCUGCCGCGCCUGCCGCUGCUCGAGGAGCUGGACCUCUGCCGCGCGGAGCUGGCGCACCUGGGCUUCCUGCGGCACUGCCCUCGGCUGCGCCGCCUCUGCCUCGAGUUCUCGACGUGGCCCGACGAGUGGGAGCUGUCGAACCUGCACCACUUGACGCAGCUCGAAGUCCUGGACCUGAGGAGGUGCGCGGUCGACGCCGACGUUCUCUCCGGAGUUAUGCCGUCACUGCCGCGACUGGACGCUCUGUUGCUGGCUCACGUGGAGGACAUAGUCCACUUGGAGUUCCUCGGGUGCUGCCCGCAGAUUCGUAAAUUGUCACUUUUUAAUGCCUUCGGAUGGGAGUUGGAGGCCUACCGGGAACUGUGCCACCUGAAAAACCUGCAGCACUUGUGUGUCAGCAAAUUAGUGUACAACUUUGUCCACGAGCUCGUCCGACCGUGCCUGCCACGAGUAAAAAUUUAUUGCUCAGAUCGGUCUAUUUAAACUUCUGCUCGAGGAACUUUUCUAACUGUAGAUAUCGACAACUGUAUAGAUUAAUGUACAUCAUUUACAGACUGAAUUUUUCACUAUGCAACUGUGUGUGUGUGUGUGUGUGUGUGUGUGUGUGUGUGUGUGUGUGUGUUCCAUUCUUACUGGCAGGUUAAAACUGUCUACCUUACGGGGACUUGAACCCAGAAUACGCACCUAUUGCAGACAGUACCGACUCGGUUUUACAGUCGUCGUCCACUUUACUUUAGCCAGUACCUUACUCUACCUUCCAGACUUCACAGAAAAUCUCUUGCAUAACUAAGUGAACUAGCAAUCCUGAGAAUAAGGAUAUGGGGGAGAAACUAUUUUCAAACUGUAUGUCUACUGCAAAAUGAAAGUUUAACUAACUCUGGGAACUGCCCCUAGGCUGUGACUAAACCAUUUCUUAGCAAUGUCCCAUCUUUCACGAUUGCUAGUUCUGUAAGGCAUGCAAGAGAACUUCUUUAAAAUUUGGAAGGUGGAAAAUGAGGUACUGGCAUAAGUAUGGCUGUGGGGGUACCUCGUGAGUCGUGCCUCAGUAGCUCAGGUGGUAAGAACGUUGCCCACGAUAGGUAGAGUUCUGGGUUCCAAUCCCAGUAUGGCACACAGUUUUAAUUUGGCUAGAAGUUUCUCUGCAAGUGAUGUCUGAAAGAAUUCUCAUUAAAUAAUAUUUUCUGUAGUUCACUUUUAGUACCAGGUCAGUGUUAUAAACUCGAGCGAGCAGUUCAGUUGUAGUAAAACCUGUUUUACAUUUCCAGAUUUUAUGUUUACCUGCUCUUUUCUGUUAUUUUCUGUCAGUCCCUUCAUAAUCUGUAUCAUCUCUAUUAGUUAUCGUCCUGGCAUUAAAAAUUUUGUGUAGAUAACAUUUCCCACGGUUGCCACAUCUGAACCACUACCACAAGUUGCAGCAUAGGUUUUCAGAUUGGUUUGUGUUCCCACUCAUGCAAAACUUGUAAGAUAAUGCAUAAUGUAAACUGCAUGUCCUUUAAUGCCCACAAGAACCAACUGUGCAAAUGCCUUCAGGAGAAAUGCAACAAUGUUGCUCAAGAUUGUAUUUUUAUACAUUGAAAAUAAUUUAAUGGUUCAUCUGCUUAUUGUCGUUGCUGUGUAAUUUAUUGUUAACCUGUAGCAGGAUGCGUAUAAAAACAAAUGUU